AUGGUUAAACACGAUAAACAUGUACCGUUUUUAGGGAAUAAUGCAAGAGUUUACAUUAUUAAGAUGAAAGCCACGCAGUUGAGUGAAGAGGUCUACUGGAAGUAUCCCAACAAGCGCGUGGUUGUUUUCUAUCGUGGCCCACGUCCGGAGCUGGUAGUGAGAGACCCUGAGCUCGUGAAGCGCGUUCUAGUCACCGACUUCGCUAGCUUCUAUCCCCGCGGCCUCAAUAGACAUCGGGAAAUAGAGCCGCUGCUUAGGAACCUGUUCUUUGCUGACGGAGAUCUAUGGCGACUGUUACGGCAGCGUAUGAGUCCGGCUUUCAACAGUGGAAAGCUAAAGGCCAUGUCCCCUUUGAUUGAGGAACGCGCAGAGCGACUAAGAUCAAAGCACUGCCAGCCUCCGCCAAAGGCGCUGUAG